UCUGAUGAUUCGAGGGAUGCCAUUUCAGCUAGGUACAGGGGGAUCAUCCUUAGAUAACAGAUCUUGUCGUGCACAAAGAAGUACUUUGUGAACAACUCGAGUGCAAUUAGAUGGAGCUUCCAAUCACCACUGCGGACUGCCUGGAUGAAUGCGAACAUCUCCAUUACCAUGCGCAUGUAUCGGCGAAAUACAGUAAAGAGAGGAUUUGUGGCAUUCGCAGCGUCAAAAUCAGACAUCUUCUUGACUACUUCAGAAGACUGGAUCGCGUUGGUAGAGCUAUGGUGCGCCGUCUGGAUGUUCUCCUUAGUGCCUUCUUUGCACGCAUCUCCAACUUUCGUAGAGAGUUCCUCGAGGGUACGACGCACAUCAGGAGAGCCUUCUAGAAAUGCUUCCAGGUAUAAGGAAAAUAAAGCCUGUAAGGUGAUCAUGUGUGCUCUUUUACCACGCUUAACAUGCUUGCCAUCGAUUAUCUGUUUAAUAGUGGAGGGGCCAUAAAGUUCCGACUCGAUCCAGCACAUGUCUAUCCCGCUACUGUCAAUAUAUGACCCAAUGGUCCUCAGCAUAGCCAUAACCACAUGCAGCUCCCCUGGUCGAAGGAGAAUGUUCUUGAGCUCGCAUCGGGCCAUCUGUAGUCGUUUAGCGGGCAGAUACAAACCAAGGUCUAGCGAUAUGACUGUUUUCCUCCCGGGACCGACUACUCUAACAGAGAUAUUUUGAGCACGCAUCAGAACUGUGAGGAGCGUGCUCCAUUCAUGAGCAGGAUGUGCCAACAAUGGAGGAGCACCGACACGUGUGACAGGUAGUGCUUCAUUUACCAAAGAGUUGUACGCUGACCAUAUGGGUACAGGAGGCUGAUCAUUAUCAUCAUCACUUGGGCAUCAUGGCCUGUAAGAGUACGAGACACUAUCCAGGUAGCAUUCUCAUCACGGAUGUUUUGGGGCAACUCUUGUUCUGAUGACAGCUCAAAUGUAGGGUACGCAGGAGAAGGGGGCCUUGAUGGCGGCUCCACGCAUGGCAUUAAAGAUGUCAGCGAUUCGGGCAGUUCGGUUACAGAACGGCAUGAAUCAUUUGGCUCCUCUAACCUAUCAAAAUGAAAAACAAAACGCAACAACAGCUACUUAUGAAGCAAAAUGCUGUUCAAGAAGGGGAUCUUUUCUAUCCUACAUCCUAGAAAUGAGAUUAGCUUUUAACUUACUAGCUAGUCUUAUUGAAACAAAGAAAAACCUGAAUCACACAGACCAGUCAAGCCAAAAUAAAAGUAAAAUUAAACGUCUAUUAUCUAAUUAAUCCCCCUCUCAUCAAGCACUUGGGAUUAAAUGAGUGCAUCAUGCUUCUUAGUAGAACAGUUAUGGUACCUUAAUACAGGUUCUUCAUCUUGGGGUUCCACUUUCUGAUAAAUAGCCAUUGCUGUGCCGUGUAGAGUACGCUUCCCGUCCGGCGUAUCCUCUGAGAAAUCGAUAUUAUCAAUAGCAAAAUAUACGUGCCGUCCUUUCACGAUAUCCGGAGGGAGAAACAUGCCACCUUCACUCUCUAUGCGCUUCAGGACAGUUUUCUCAAUUUGUGACUCCACCCUCAACAAGCGAUUGUACUCUACAGCCAUGCCAAAUCCAUGGAGGAGAUUAACCAGCUCUUUGCUUCGUACUGCUUGGUGUAUUGCUAAGCUAACUGCGAGGUGUUGGGGCAUUUCUCUAGUGCAGUAGACCGCUUUUGACCUCUUAUUGUCAACCUGCCUGUCCGUUAGACACAAAGCUAUUGUAUUCUGCGCUAAUUGCAUUGCUCUUUUGUGUACCUCAUUGCACUUUUUAUCAGAUAGUGUCUUAUUGGGACCUUGGAUUAUCCACCUAAAGAAGCAGGUAAGCUCUUCGGGGCAGUGAUCAUGUGUCAUUGUAUCCAGAGAGCCAGAGAAGACCCAUUUCUCGCUUCGAUUAAUAGCCUUUCUCAAUAUUGAGCGCCAUCGAAGAGAGUUUUCAUAGAUUCAUCACUGUCAGCUGUGGAUUCUACGAUAUGGAUAGCGGCAUCUCUACACUGCUUUACGCUGACCCUCUCGGGCUCAUUAGCUCUGGAGGGCUUAUGGAACUCAACUCCCUUUAUCUCUUUCUGGAUAAGCUCUUUAACUGAACGUCGACUUAGAGUCUUUGGACUAUUGUUCUCGUUUGAAAUGGAAUCAAAAGCCUGUUCCAACUGUGCCAUGUUGAGUAUUUCUCCGCUAUCGAGGGCAGCUUGGGUAAGGUUCAAAAACUCCAGCUUAGCCGCUGUCUCACUUCUUGACCUUUCCUCGUCAUCUUUGAUAGUUUUACGCAGGACCCCACUCACAUGCUUCGCCCAGCAGCUUUUAUGAUAUUUAAUAUCAAUGGCAUGAGCGUCAGUGCUGUCUAGAGCCGUCGAGAGCUUCACGAGCAGUUUAGGAUCCUUUGAUUGCUUUACUGCAUUAUCAAGAGAGCUACCAGCAGAUGAUGUUGACACCAAAUGCAGAGGGUUCUGGUACUUCGCUUUCUCUUCACAAAAGAAGCAGAGAUUGCUGUCAUAAGGGACGGUUUUCGACCUUGUAAGAAGACCCUGGUUAGUGAAAUGAAAUGAAAUGUUUUGAGAUGUCAAGGAUGUCAUUACCAGCUUUACGGCGAUUCCAAGAUGAAAAACACAAUAAAAUAAAAAGUUAAAGUUAUAAGCCAUUACACCUAGCAAUUACCUGAAGCGAUUCACUUGUCUUUCUUCGAGCUUCAUUUGGCCCUCUAACCUCUCUCUGAAACCUCUCUUUUACCCUCUUGAUCUUUCCUGAGUGGGUGGUUUCUUGGUAGCACGACCUAUGCCAUGUUGCUUUUUCUUUAAGCUCUUCUAGUGGUAGAUCUUUAAGCACAAGCCACAUUGUUUUCGAGUUGAUGUCCUCGUACUUUGAACGUUCUUCGAUGGCUUCUAAAAGCUUUUGAUGCGAAGUUGGAUUUUCAACAAGAUUGGCUGUACUUUUUUCUUGGCAGAUUACACAUAGCUUAAAAUCUAAAGGGGCAUUAGACCGGCCAAAAUCCGUCAUACUACAAGCACUGUGAUGACUGUAAGUACAACAUGGCGGACACUCAAAUAAUUACCGCUGACCAAUAGUUCAGGCUCACAAUCACCCAGGCCCCCUAGGUUAAGAAUCCACAGGAAUUUGUGCGAAAUAGGAUUGUAGAAAUCGCUCAUAAUAAAGGUAUAUAAGCCACACGAAAUACAUUAUCAUUACACCUUUUUAGCGUUUAUUUUUUUCAUUAAAAUGCUAUACAUACAGCAUUAAUAUGCAUUACAAUGAGUCAACGUUAUUGUCCUGGAUGAUGUGUUCACCUUUGGCGUGUUUUGCAAUCCAGCCUCAUUUCCAUGUAUGGGGUCACGUGACACUACAAAGUGGCACCAAUCGAUGCAAGAUGUCUAACUGACUAAGGUGAGCAAGUUUGGCAUGAUAAGGAUCUUUUUUGACAAAUUUAUGGAAAAUUAUGUGUUUCAGCCUCGCUUUCAUGCGUAAGGUCACGUGACCUAUGUAAAUUAGCAUAAAUCAACAGGGAGGAUCAUGCCCAAGCAUGUGAGCAAGUUUGGGGUAUUUUCGUGUAUUAUUAACAAAGUUAUGAGGAAUUAUGUGUUUUAGCCUCGUUUUCACGCUGGAUUUCAUGGGUCAGAAUUUAACCCCCCCUUAAAAGCCGUCUGAACAAGUGGCAAAGCUGGCACCAAAACUUUUCAUGUUUAGUAGGACCUAAUGAACACUUUUACACUAGGUGCUUGCUUUCAGCACGAACUUCACACGGGACCUUAUUUUAUGACAUUUGCUCCCAGACUAUUAUGAGCGAAAUCCAUUUUGUGGGCAAAACUCGAUAUGAGGAUCUUACAGAGACUGGCUCUUAAUCAGACCAAAAGGCAAUGUUAACCGGCUAGUGCUAAAUUCUCGCCCGAAAGAGGCUAAAUAUACAUUAUAAUACAAAUUUUUGAUUUAUUUGUUUAUUUGGUAGCGUGUAAGGACCGACGUUUGCCCGAAGACGAUUUUGAGACAUUCUAUCCGUCUGAAGCAGACGGAUAGAACGUGUUGGACGAUCCAAACUCAUUCAGACGAACUUGACUGAGCCAGACGUCGAAAUUUUCAUGAACUUAACUCACUAAGUUUGGUUCUUCUCGUGAAAGUUUGACGUUUGGCGUAGGCCUUAAGGCCCUGAUAUAGGGGGCAGUCUUUCUUGCUAUGUUUGUCCCCCAAUUUUGGUGCGGCACACGUUCUAAAAAAACUACCAAAUCAAAUUCUACUUUUCGCAACGAUUAUUGAAAGGGUGGAACGUUCCAUGUAACCUGUCACGCGGCAAGGCCAAACAACAGGCUAGACAACAUGAGACUGUAAACAGUCUUAAAGGAACAUGAAACCCUGAUCCCCAUUUGAUCUUAUUUUGUUGUUGCCUUAUGCAGAUUGCAACAUGAACUGCCACAAAAGAUGUGAAUCCGUCGUCCCAAAUCUCUGUGGAAUAAACCAAAAGUUGCUUGCAGAGGCUGUUGCUCAAUCUAAGGUAAGCAUCACGUUCGAUUUAGGCCUUGUUUACACCGAAAAAAAUGUGUCGAGCUUAACGUUCACACGUACGUUGUGACCGUCCACACAAGGCCAUCUAUGGCUUUGAGUAGUCGCGGAAAGAGUUUGAAAGAAAGCAAAUUGAUUCUUUCACUGAUUUUUCCAUUGGUGUCACCCUCUCUCCUGUAACUUACAAUGAUGUACUUUCGCAACUAUUCUGACUUGUCCAGCUUUUCAAAUACAAUUGAAUUUUCCCGGGAUUGAAUUCUGAAAGACCGAGAAGUAGAAACUUACCGCCUUGUGUUUGUGUCCUCCAAAAAACGUUGCGUCACGAAGUUUUACAUCCUAACUGUCCAGUGACGGCAAAGUUCGUUACUGACCAAUUUUUUCGCCUGUCCACCAUAACAAUCCCAGAAAUCUUUGCGAAAGUUAAGUCGGCCCAGUUUCUUGCUCGUGUCUAAAGUGGCGCGCGCAGUGCACGAAGUUUGGGUACUAACCCGGUUUUAUUUGCCCCUGUCAGGAUGACAUCAGAAAGCGUAAAAUCAGCCAAGAACAGAAACCGGGCGGGUCAAAAGGCAAGAGUUCCCCAACCUCAAGAAAAGACGAAGACAGCGACGAUGAUGACGUUGGCGUGUAUGAAGCUCUCUGGGACGCGAUCUCUCCUCCUCUUCCGCAACGAACUUCCAGCAUUGCUGGCAAAGACGUCAGAAGGAUUGAACAGAAAAUCCACCAUAUUGACGACUUUAACCUCCUCAAAGUUUUGGGAAAAGGCAGUUUUGGCAAGGUAUCGUGUCCAAAGGGUUGCCCUUUUUCGCUUUCCUUUUCUCGAGGGUGAAUUAAUCGCGUGGGCUUGUGGGUUGUGGUUCGUGCGUAGUACGUCGCGUGCAAGUCGUGCGGCUUGGUUGUUAAAGAUAUACAAGCAAGUAUACCUUUCAUCAAAUCUUAAAUCGCUUUUCACUUGGCACCGAAAGCCGGAGACUGUUACAGCUGUUUUUUUUAUUUCAGGUCUCGACGCGAUGUGGCAAGUGGGCGAAAAACCGCCGAAAUUUGAUGCGUCCUUAUUUAUCAGUUAUAAACUUUAGAUUGAAGAUGCUUUGAUUUAAUUAUUUUUCAAAUUUCUCGACAGGUGUUGCUUUGCGAGUUGAAGGAGACCAAGCAAUCUUUUGCCAUCAAGGCACUGAAAAAAGAUGUCGUGUUAGAAGAUGAUGAUGUGGAGUGUACAAUGGUGGAACGAAGAGUCCUGGCUUUAGCCACAAGACAUCCCUUCCUCACUCACCUUCAUUCUGCCUUCCAGUCCCAGGUAUUAGAGACAGAGGGUUUGCGGUCGUUUCGCCUGCGUCUAAUAUGUCUACCAUGAAAGCGCUUUAGAUUCUGAGGCGAGGACGUCUACGAGAACUAGCUUUUCACAAUAGGGAGCUUAAGCAAAAACGUUUUUGAGCGACACACGUCAACCGGAAGAGAGGCCUUCUCCCUUUUUAUAUGCCUGGACACUACCAAAUUUGUAUUGCUGAGUUUCUUUUCUCCUAUAAAGACGAUUUACCUAAGGGUUUCAACCAAACCAAAGCCCAAUGCUUCAAAAAGUCCACUUCCGGUUGACGUCCGUCGCUCAAAAACGCUGUUGCUUAAGCUCCCUAUUAUUAAGUUGUGCGCUCGCGCGAACCAACGUAAUUGUAGCGGGAAAAUAUGGUAGCCGUUGUCAGUCAACCACGAGUUUUAGCGAGAAUGUCGUAGUGGCGAAAACAAGUGAUCAAAUGUUAGAAAUUUUAAUCAUUUAGCGAUCAGGAGAGGGUUUUACCUCCUUCAACGGAAACAAGCGUGCUAACUUUUGUGGUGAAAAAAAAAAUACAAUGAAGUUUUCCGGGGGUGUCUAUUUGUAGAGAAUAGGCGAGAAAACGUAAAAUUAAAUCGUAGUCGUCCUCGCACUCAAAUCUGAAGCUCUCUAUUAGCAACGACGACGAUGACGGCAACGAGAACGUCUAAAAGUGAUAGGUUUGGGCCGGACACUUCGUUCACACGGGACCGUUCAACAUUUUCGCUCUGUUUACACGGAAUUUUGAACGGCUAGGCGUUAGAGGACGUAAACAAGGACGUAGAUACGCUAACGCUUAGUUAUCAAUUCUUGGUUUGCAACCACGUGUCAAGGCGGCCAUGUUGAAGGUCAAAACAAUAGAAUUUUUUUCCAGGAAUUUACAUCAAAAUAGAGUUUAGUUCCCAGAGGAGAGAAAUGCUUUUGUUCUUGACCGCCAACAUUGCCACCGUGACGUCACUUGCAAACCAGCAAUUGAUUCACUGGUUGAUUGAUGGAUGGAUUGAUCGAUCGACUGAUUAAUUGAUUGGCUGACUGACUGACCGACUGACUGAUUGAUUGACAGAUUGACGGACUGGUUGGUUGAUUGAUUGAUUGAUUGAUUGAUUGAUUGGCAGGAUCACCUGUUUUUCGUCAUGGAGUACCUUGGAGGCGGUGAUCUUAUGUUCCAUAUACAAUCAGUCGGCAAAUUUGACGAACCACGAUCCAGGUACGCGAAUGAAUUCAUUUCGUUGAAACGACGACGGCGAUAAGCCCUUAUAGUCAAGUCUCUUAGUGCAAAAUAUAGGCCGGAUCGUUACAGACGUGACAAAAGUGUCAAAUUUGGCACAGAGCUUCCUUAGCACCUACUGAUUAAUACUGGAGGGGGUGCCCGUUACAAAUGGUCCAAAUUACAGAUAAAAGGGGGGGUUAACUUUCACCCAUAAUAGCAGAUUGGGUGCCCUCUGGUGAGUACUCUUCUUGUUUGAUUUGGCUAAAAAAACAUUUGUUGCAAAUUUUUAAGUUUUUAAUUUGGUAAUGUUUAGUUGUUGUUACACUAUUCAAAAUAGUUUUACAUGUACAUAAUACUGACUAGUGCCCAGUCUCCACACGUUAAGUGUGGCCAUGUUCAUUGUGCGGACUGUGCGGCUAUCAGUGUCACUGCUAAGACUUGCCAGUGGUAAUAUCAUUACAUAUCAAUUUAAACAGAUCACAAAGCCAGCUUUCAAAGAUGUCAUACAAUAACAUAAAACGCAAAUGUAUCACAUCCUAAACGACAGAAUCGUUAAAGUUUGACAUGCCACAUGAACGACCUCAUGAACCGUAACUGACAACGCGCCCACUUUGUAAUUGUGCAGCUAAGAUUACAUUAUAAUUUGCUUCGUUGGUAACCCUGUCCUUGAGAUAAUGAUUAAAACGUGUCAACCUCGUCCUCAGGGGGAAAAGGAGGAGCAAGGGUGGCACAGUUGGUUAGUGCGCAGCCUUCGGGGCGAGAGGUCCCGGGUUCGAGCCCGAUGUCAACACCUCCUUAUUUCAACUUCUCUUUUUUCUGUGUAACUUUGACUAGCUUUAAAUACCCCUAAAACGGAGAAUUAAUGGAGAGAGGGGGUAAAAGGAGCGCACCGUUGACCUCAAGUUUAUCACUUAUUAUUACUGUCACGAGUUAUUGACGUAAGAUAUGGUCGCUUUACCUUUUUCUACCUUUUUAUUAAGCCCUGGGGACGAGGUUGUAAAACAUGCCUCUCCAGGAAUUUUUAACACUCUUUAUUUUUUGCACAUUUGCAUUUAAGGUCUCGGUAAAGGAAAACGAGGUGCCCACAGAAAAAAAUUCUAGUCGCGCGAGUAUUUUCGCUACAAAGGCAAGUUAUAUAUCAAGUUAAAGCUAAAAGACUAAAUUACCUUAUAAAAGAUUUUAUUUCAUCGAAUUUCAAAAGGUGCUUAAGUUUUUUGCUCUCGAACUCAGAGGUAUCGAGUUUACUGCUGAAGCUCCAGCCCUUUCGCGUUGUUAAAUAUUCGCUUCCUUUUUAUUGCGUCUGAUUGACAGAUAAAAGACCUAAAAAAGGGUGUGAGGAAAUUUGCAUUUGUCUCGUAUUAGCGGAAUUAUGGCAUUUCAAACUAAAAAGUCGAAUCUCGAGCGCGAUUUACGCAAAGAAACUGACAUAAAAUGAGUUACAAAGGGAAAUCGGAAAAUUCCUCACACCUAUUUUGAGUCUAUAUCAUUAUCCAUCAUAUCUGAAAGUUUCAAAGCUAUAGCUUAAAACCUGUCCCGACUGGAGAUCGGAGAAUUUUGAUUUUUGCGUCUAAAAUAGAGUGAGAGAAAAUCAGCUCUAAAGAUUUAGCGCGAGGUCCACGCUUGGCUGGUUAGCUCAGAAAAGGCUCAUUUUAGAAGGGUUAAAAAGCACUUUCUGAUUUUCUUUUUCUGCCAAAAUAAAAUUUAGGACUCCCUCAUGCCAAAAAUCCAAAAAAACCAAAAUCGAGCAAUGUACUAAAAUUUUAAUUUACCGAGACCUUAAAAAGAAGUGUAUGAGGUCCCUGCAUGCCUAGACACCUGUAACACCUUGUUUUUAUUGCUGAAUAUCAUUCUAAAGAGCUUUACGAAAUAUUUUGUUAGUAGGGGUGUUUUGAACAUGAUUGAUAUUUAGAGAUGGUGACAAAAACGAACAGAGAAAAAGUCACAAAACGAGACGCAUGAAACAACCGCAAUCUAAUAUUCGUUUUACACCGAUAUAAUGGCUUCUUUGGCUGCUAUGCUGACAUUCUUGAAGAUGGCCGGUAGUAUCACAGCUCGUCCCGGGUUAGGUAUCCCGUUUAUUACCAGUUUCACGGUUCCUGAGACUUAGGGCCUGUUAACAUAAAGGUGGGGGACCCCAGGUAGGUGAGGUAACCUGCUUAGGUGGGGUAAAAAAAAUAACCCUCCUUUACAUGCAGUCUUACAACCCCGCCAUCCUGGGGUGCAGUUUCUCAAGAUUAUUGAAUGGUCGCUAAGCAUGUAAACAAGAAAAAUGCUGGCAAACCACGUCUACGCUCAAUUGGUGCUCUUGCUGCAACCUUCAGUGUUGUGGCUUUCUAUUGUUACCUUUAAUAAUUAUGUGAAGCCACCCAGCGCCAAAGUGAAUUUUGCGCGAAUUUGAUGUGUCACGAAUCCGACCCCGACUAGCCUGGGUUUCCUCAUCUUGAAACGUUGACAUGGCAAAAUUUGACCUCAGCUGAGAGGGUUACCUGGUGUGGCAGACCGGGCUACCCACCUUGAAGGGUGACCCCACCUAUCAUGUAAACGUGAUCAAAUUAAAAUGAGAGAUUAUAUGGACAAGCGGGUUACCUACCUAAGUGGGUUACCAUUCCUACCUGGGGUCCCCCUCCUCCAUGUAAACAGGCCCUAAAAGUUAGCCCGGCCCCCUUCCUACAGUUUCAGCAGCUAAACCAUUCACCAUUUAUCAUUUGAGUCAAUCUUGUACCACUUGAGUCUCACUAUUACGACUUCAUAAGCUGUCAUUAUUUUUGGACAUGAGUGCUUCAGUGCCAAAUGUAAAGGCUUCAUGAUAAACUGUGCUGUUUUUUGAAGCUUAGGCUAACUUGUUUCUUCUUUUCGUUUACGAGACCAGAUUUUUUUUGUUUGUUUUUGCUUUGUAAAGCUUAGACAAACUGCGGAAAUUGUAAAUGAUAUGACUUGUGCCACGGUGCUUGCUUCUCUGUCAAAAUAUGCACUUGCGUCCAGCAGAUAACUGGAUAAAGAGAGACUGAAAGGCACCCAGGCCUAUGUUAAGCUGAAAAAUUAAUUACCUCCCUAGGAAAGAACUAUUUUGGGUUCUGUCAUUUCGUUAUUUGCUCUUCAUGAAUAGCUGUCAUAAAUCCCUGAUAAUAUGUGAUACAACAGACUCUUUGACAAUUUCUUUUUUCUGAAAUUUUGUGUGUGAAUCGCUAUGCCAUACGCUUUCUUCAGCUUAAAGUGACAUGUAAUGACAAGUAAUACUUGAUAAAUAAGGCUUAAGCCACACAAUAAGGCCUUCUCUAAUUGAAAUACAUUAGAAAAGGAGAAGAGACCCCAGAAGCUGAGUACUUGCAAGUUAUGAAGCAAAGACGAGGCCAUCUUAGAAAUGACUUAUGAAAAUGUGGGCGGACUGUGGACUUGCUUCAAGGGCAGAGUAAUAAUCAACUUAAUUAUACAAUCAAUAAGCAAAAAAGGAUGGGAAUGCCAGGUGUUUGAGUGAAAUUGUUGUUUACAACGUGAGAAUAGAAUUCAGAGUAAUUUAAGGUAUUAAAUAACAAUUUUCAAUCAAAACACCACAGGGACCCCAGCAGGUGAAAUUUGCAAUAAUUAAAUCCUGUUUAGCACGCUUCAGUGGCAUAUUUGCAGUGGGCACCCCCUCUAAUAUUCAUGGUACUGCAAUAAGCUAUCGCUGUGCAAAGUUUGGUGCUUUUGUCAACUCUGUAACGAUCCUGACCCUAAGAGACCUGACUAUUAGGCUCUCUAACUGUCUAACCGGAUGAGAUUCCAUUCUUCCGCAAUUUAAAACAACACCUACUGACCAGUAGUUUUCUGUAUCAUCGGCUAAUUAUUUUGCAUUUUCCCCCCACAGAUUCUAUGCAGCUGAAAUUGUUUGCGGUUUGGAGUUUUUACACGAUCGAGGAAUUAUUUACAGGUUUGUUUUAAUGGACGUGAUAAAUAGAGGAAUUUUUUAAUUGAAUAUUGUGACAGCAAAUCCCAAGAGAUGUUGAUGAUCCAAUUAACCAAUCAGAUCUGUAGAAAAAGAGCGGGAAAUUGCUUCGCGGUUGGUUUUGGUUUAAUUUGUGGUUGGUCGAGAAAGUGGCGCGAGAAUUUUUAUCCAAUCACAAGGGCAAAAACAAAACUCUUUGUUGAGAGGUUUUACUGCUUGGCAGCUCCACCUUUUAGCCUUAUUUAUAAAAUAGGCUAUAUUUUCUUCGUUGUUGAAUAUGGUGCAAACCCGACGCGUAUGUUUAAUAAACUGAGCCCGGAAACUCGAGAGCAAAUCAAAUAAGCGACAUUAAAGUUGCUUUGGGUAUCCCCACCUCACAAUAAAUGAACCCUCUGAAGGUCUCUGGUAGCUUUAAGCUCAUACACGGUUAAAUCUGCUCUCUUCCUUCAGAGAUUUAAAACUUGACAAUGUUCUGCUGGAUUCAGACGGCCACAUAAAACUAGCCGACUUUGGUAUGUGCAAGGAAGGUAUUCUAGAGUCCAAGAAAGCGACAACGUUCUGUGGGACACCUGAUUACAUUUCACCGGAGGUAUGCCAACAAAAUUUUUCGAUUUACACAAUUUUCUUUUUAUACGAAUAUCAAGGCUGCAAUUUGCGAAAUUUUAAGAAUAUUUUACGAAUAAACCCGAGACUGACAGUUUGAAUAGGAUUUAAUUUUGUUUUGAAAAUGUGUACAAUACAAUUCUAUGUUUUUAACUUGACCGUAUAACUGUAAUUGAUACGUCCCAAUGCAUUCUAAAACGGAUUCCGCAAUGUCAUAAGCCAUAAUUUAAGGAUUAUAAUACAGUAAUAUUUUCAGCCUAAUGUCGGUAGAAAAAUAAGAAUGUUCAGCCUGGGCCGGAAGAACAACGGCUGUUAAGGCGUAUAGGCACUGUUCUGUUAAAAUUCACUUGCGUACUUUGUAUAUGUUUCAGAUUUUAAAGGGAUGGAAAUAUGACUCGGCAGCUGAUUGGUGGUCCUUUGGCGUUCUUGUAUACGAGAUGCUGAUUGGCCAGGUAUUAUCACAUUGUCUUAAACUAUUCACAGGUACCUUCAUGCCGCUGACAGUAAUGCCAACCUGAAAAGGAGCUUUUAAAUUAUGAGAAAGAGAAGUAACCAGCCAAGAUCUUCCGUGUGUCUAACAGUUACUGAGCUCGUAACAAUAUUCCCUUAACCCUUUAAGCCCCGAUAUCCACUUACAAAUUCUCCAAACUGAUCUCCAUACAAUUCCUUGAAGAAUUAGUUGAGAGAAUUUGAUAAAAGAUCAAAGAUCUCGUAGACUUUGCUCUUGACAAUCUAUGGAUAUCGUUAGGAGAAAAUUGAUUUUGGACACUAUUGGGGCAUAAAGGGUUAAAGCUCACAUUUUGUUUAUAAUAUGAAUCUGCAACUUAAAGGUGAUAAAAAUUGUGGACAAGGACGCUAAAGUAAGUGUUCGGUUUUAUAGUGUCCCCCAAGCAUUGUAUUAACGUUAAAAACAUCAAGAAUGAACUUUGAAAAACUGUUAGGCUAACGAGUUUUCAAAAACCACAAUUGCAAUCCGUUCCAACCUUCUUCAAGUUCUUCCACCUUUGCCUCCUUUUGUAUUUUGCUGUUAUUUACACCCUCUUUUUCAUGUUUUAAGCAGUUACUUAGAUGUUUCAUACAAUUUGUUGCCAGUUCGCGCUGUUUGAAUUUUGAUACAUUUCGCGACUCGUCUCUUUUAACUUUUCAUGACUCGUGUUGUUCGUUGUAUUUUGUUUUCUCCAGUCUCCUUUUGCCGGUGAAGAUGAAGAAGAUUUGUUCGAUUCCAUCUGCCGCGACAAAGUUCAUUAUCCAAAAUGGAUAUCAAGCUCCGCAGAAGACGUGUUGAGCCAGGUAGGUACAAGACCUCAAGACUGCGUGGCAUACUAGACUGGGCGUGUCCUGAUAUACCAGGCGUGUUUGCAGUUUAUUGACAACUUUCAGUUAUUAACGGCGCUUCAAGCGACGCAGUACACGAAAAUGCGUUAAAUAUGAAACGUGGGAAUGGCUGUGACUUCUUCUUCACGAAACCAGUGCGUUUGGACAAAACACGGACGAGUAUGGCGUUGCCUUUUGUCAGAUAAUUUACGCACGUUGUAAAACGCGCUGGGAAAAUGCGUUUGGGGUACCCAGUAGUCACUUAACCAGCCCCCCGCACAUUGAAUCGCUAUUUGGCUCUGUUAAAUUCAAAAAGGCUGGAACCAAGAGAGAGAAAAAUGUGAGGCAGCAUUGUCUUUGGUUCAGACAGAGUGCAAUGAAAGGACUUUCUAAAGAUCUCGCUCGGAGUUUUGGCGUAAAUGUUAAGCAGCCCUAGAAUACCAAACAUUUAGUCGAGGUUAAAGAAAAUCGCUCUAAAACUAUACAUUAACGUAAUCGCUUUACUCAGAAUCAGUGUCCUUUUUAUCUGCAGUUGUUUGAAAGAGCUCCAGUGGAAAGGCUAGGUUACAGAAAUGGCACAAAUCCCAACAUCCGCAACCACAAGUUUUUCGAGCGCAUCAACUGGACAAAGCUAGAACAGAGGAAAAUAGACCCUCCAUUCAAACCGUCAGUGGUGAGUGAAUUUCUACGCUAAGCCCAGUUCAAACGUCUAUCUCUUUAAAGGGAACCUCCACUUCAACAAAAGAUAACUUUAAAUCACAGGAAAUAACUGUUACAGUCAAGUCAAUCUAAAAUAUUUUUAAAGAAAGCGUUUGUAUCCGAAAGAAAUAACUUUUAGUUUCGCCUAUUUUUGUUUUCAAAUUUUGCGGGCGUCGCCAUCUUGAAUAAUUGUGACGUGUAAUGGUUGCCCUAUUGUUAUUAAACAAAAGCUCUUUGUGUCAGAACAAUACAGCAACCGUAACACGUCACAAUUAUUCAAGAUGGCGGCGCCCGCGAAAUUUGAAAGUGAAAAUAAGCGAUUUUAAAAUUCACUUUUCCUGAUAUAAACACUUUUUUUAAGACAAAUUUCGAACAAAUUUGUUUAUCAACAUAAUUUUAUUCGAUUUAAACUUAUUCUGUAGUAAGAGUGGAGGUUCCCUUUAAGUACUGAACCUAAACCCUUCAAAAAAAUUGAGAAGAUCAGCGUUUGAAUCAAUAAGCUAUGAUGUCCGAGUUUCCUAGAGCUACGUGCAAAACAAUGUUGGGAGUUGUUGCAUCCCUUUGCACGUAGUUUGACCGGUUUCGAACUUUGCGCAACAACUCUUAACAACAGACAACAACAUAGAAAUACGUUAUCUGAACCCCUACAACUUGCUUCGGAGAAGACUGCCACCUCUUUUGAGCGAAGUGUUUUCUUUUUCUCCUCUCUUAGGCGUCGGAUCACGACACCAAGAACUUUGAUCCUGACUUUACCAUGGACGUGCCGCAGUUUACGCCAACCGACAAAGAUUUGCUUCAGUCUAUGGAUCAGGGACAAUUCAAAGGAUUUUCGUUUGUUAACCCAUACUUUGGCGUACAGCAGUGAGUUGGUACUUGUUCUGGACACUGUAAAUGUCUGUACUUUUUUUUUCCAAGUGCUGUUUUUCAUGUGAUCGCUGAAAUCACGUGGAGGGACGCAUCAUCAGUCUCGGGCCGCUGUGGGAUGUACCAAAAAGCUGGACAACAUAUCUAUCCCAAGGCGUCACUUGAUCAAAGAGAUGAUUCAAAGAUUGAGCCCCUUGCUGGAUUGGAAAUAGGCUAUAUGGAGCAUGUUUCAUCAUAGCCUUAUUGGAAGAUUAUGGACGUUUUCAAAUAUCUACUACCACGACCCUCUCUACAAAUAGACUUUUUGCCAUGUCAACAUCGGACCACUUUGUUGACAAAUACACUGUCAUGCUGUAAAGGUGAAAAGAGAGGACUGAUGUGAUGAAGUAUGAAUUUGAAAUGGCCUUUUUCACAAACGAUGUUUGGUGAUAAAGUUAACAAGUCUGGAUAUGUGGGGGGUUUGUUAGGGAUGGCGAAAGUCUAUCCAAUAGAAAUAUAAAUUCUCUUAACAUUUAAGAUUUUGAUAAAUUCGAUUAUAUUAUGCACACGAACUUAAGGGCUGUUAAGUUAUUAAUCAACUACAUCCCAAUAUUCUGUAUUGAUUUUCUCCUUACUUGCCUGCGGUGUAAUUCAUUAAUAUUGUAGGGAGAAUUAAGAUUAUAAUUUAGAGACAACGGGUAAAUAGACCCAAAGUAAUCGACUGAGGUAGACAUAUUGUUUGUUUUACCAGUUUCCCCGUAAGAAUGUUGGAACAUAUUAUUUGCUGAUUCUUUUUUAUUUGUAUGUGUAUCCUUAUUUUCUCACUUUUAUGUCUGGUAGGAACUCAGAAGGAAACUAUUCCUUCUCGAGGGAUGUCUUACUUUUUAUCUGUACAUAUAAAUUAUUUGCACGAAGUUCGCAGUUUGAAGG